UCUAACCCAAACAAAACCAAUCGUUAUUUAAGCAUAAGAAGAGAAUAACCAAACAAGUUUAUACAUCGAUACGACAGAUACAUGGUGAGGACAGCGUUCCCCGCUUGUAUUCGUAAUUCAUAUUUUGUUCAUACCUGUCGCUGAAAUCACAUACGCUUCGAACAAAAGAUAUAAUAUUAUAUUUAUAAUGAACAGUUUCUCAGAUCCACGACGUCCCGAGAAGGAAAUUCGAUACAAACCUACGGUGUCAAGUAAUCAAGCACAACCAGGAGAUGAUUCGAUACCAGAUUACAUAAAUAUUCUAGGAAUAAUCUUCAGUAUGUGCGGUUUAAUGAUGAGAUUGAAAUGGUGCGCUUGGCUAGCUCUUUAUUGUUCCUGUAUUAGUUUUGCCAAUUCUAGAGUCAGUGAUGGUACUAAACAUAUACUUAGCAAUUUUAUGUUAUCCAUAUCUGCCGUUGUAAUGUCUUAUUUACAAAAUCCACAGCCUAUGACUCCUCCAUGGGCAACAGCGAUACAAUAAAAUAUUAGACAUAAUUAGGAAAUUACAUUGUUUACGUUAAAUAUAUUUAUAUGUAUGUA